GUCAGAGGAGCUACGCUGAAAGAUUUUUCACCAUGAACCGGGCCUGGGCUGUUUUCAAGGCUCAUCCGUACAUCAGUAACGUCCUGGGAUACACAACGCUAUUUGCCUCUGCUGACCUCAUACAACAGAGUGUGCUGGGUGGUAAACAAACUGCAGGAUCCACAUCAGAGGAUUCGGCUGGCAUCGACUGGUGUCAGACAGCUCGAGUGGCGACUGUCGGCUUCUGUUUCCAUGCCAACUUCAACUACCAGUGGCUCCGAGGGCUGGAGAGGAUGCUGCCAGGAGGCGGAGUGAAGGCAGUGACAGGGAAAGUUGUUGUGGAUCAGCUGAUCGCAGCUCCUCUCACCAUCAGUGCCUUUUAUAUUGGUUUAAGUUUACUAGAAAACAAAGACGACCCUCUUGAAGACUGGAGACACAAAUUCUGGACAUCUUACAAGACUGGAGUGGUAUUUUGGUCAACAAUGCAGGCAGUGAACUUUGCCCUGGUGCCCCCUGUGGCACGGACAGUGUUUCUGGGAGGCAUCGCACUGACUUUCACUAUCUACCUGUGUCACCUCAGACAGCAGAGUGGCCACAAACUCGAAUAAACUUGAGUCCUGAGUUUUUGUACUGACAUUAAAAGGCUUAUUUAACGGCAGAAUACAGUUUCAAAGUCAUUAGAUUUACCGAGAAAACAAGGAAAUACACAUUUAUGUGAAUCAGCUGAUUAGCCCACAUGGGUUAUUCUUCAGCUGUGAUUUGUUUCCUCAUUUAACAGUUUCAGUGCAUCAUGGAAUAACUUUGUUGAUGUUGCAAUAGAUUUUUAACCAAUAAUACUUUUUUAAAAGCUAUUUGUUUAAAAGAAAAGUCAUUUGUGGUUUUGUUUUUGAACCUUUUAUCAACAAGCAAAUUGUAGGCUCUAAUCAUGUGAAUUGCUGCUUGUGUCAUAUACAUUCCUGAAACUGAACUUCAUAUUUGUGGCACCUCUUACUGCAAUAAGGGUUUUGAAAAAAGUAUUAUAUAUAAAUAGUCCAAAAAUGAUUGAUGUGGACUAACAAAACAAACAAACAUGUAGGCUAUGGCAAACCAAACAAAAAUGCAGCCACUCUCUCAUUUCAAUGAAGAGCUUCUAAAUAAACAUAUAGCCUAAAGAUUAGAUCGGAUGACGUUGUAGCCAGUAGCCUGACGAUGUGUAUGAGAACUGACUGUCCGUCAAGAUCAAAGUAGGCUAUCAAGAUGCCAAGUCGCGUGGCCAUGAUGGUGCAGCUCCUCCAAAGAGGAGAAGGGUCCAAAGAGCGCACCAUUAGCUUAAACCACGUAAAUGCCAUAGGUAGCCUAAAUUAGUGAUCGCUGGUGUGAAGAAGUACGGAGCCGCGCAAAAUAUUGCAGGGAUCGCCAAACUUAUUACUUGGGAAUGCAAAACAUAUUGCGAGGGAACGCAAAAAAUCUCCUAGAGUGCAGCUCUCACUCCAUUGUUUUGUGUCAUAUUUUCAAUUGUAUUUUAGUGUUUAUUUUCUAGACUAGGCCUAUUUAUGGAAGAUGCAUGGUUUUCUUUCAAUGGACUGUUUUUAUAUAGCACUUUUCUAGUUUUAACAAC